CUGGCAGCAGACAUGGCGAGGACACAGCCCAUGAGGCAGCUGCUGGGGGUGCGGGGGGUCAAGGCGUUACAGCUGCAGCCGCAGAGGUUCGAGGGACAGCUGCGGAAGAAAUCUCGGAUAUUGGGCUUCCGACCAGUGUGGGUCAUUUUGGAAAGAGGAGUACUGUCUUAUUUUGAAAACAGGGGUGAUGCCAGUACAGGUUCAAAAAGAAAAGGAAUGAAAUAUCUAGAUGAAGCCAAAGUAUAUGUGCCUCCAGCUGCUGGCCUUGUGAUGAAAAUCUCAUUCUCAGAUGGGACAACGCACACACUCAGUGCGGACCCAGAUGAUGGUGGCGUCAUCACCAAACAGAAAUGGCUAAAUGCGUUUACUGAGCACAUAGGAUUUAGUACACAUUACACCCACCAGGGGCAGGCACAGAACGAGUACGCUGAUGACAUCGUUCCCCUGGGCACCAUGCAAGAAGCUUUACAGACGGCACAGGCCCAUCAGAAGCUACUUGAGAGGCAGGCGAAUCUAAUGUCAAAGAAGAUGGAACAGUUGAAGCAGUCGUUGCCCAACGACACUCCUGUCAGUGACGGCCUGAUCUCCAUGCACAAGGAAAUGGUCAGCAUCCAAACAUUAUCCCAGGACAUGUUCACCAGUCUGUCUCACUGCAUGACGCUCUUCAGUCAACAAGAGGAGAUCAGGCAGUUGCAACUAAAAGAAGAAAUGGAGAAAAGUCGUGUGUUACAAGAAGCACUGCAUGCUCUUGCCACAGAACAUCAUGAGUUAGAGAAGUCUAUUGGUAGUCACAAGUCAUCUAUACGAAUUUAUGACACUGAUGAUGACGAGUUCUAUGAUUGUAGCGAUGACGGGGACGAAGUCUUUGGGUCUCCAAGGUAUGAAUCUUUUACCGAGUCUUUCACAGAUGCCUUAUCUCAGGACUUUGAUGUGAGUUCCCCAAAUGGGAAAACAAGCACAGAAGUCAAACCGUGGGCAAGACUCCACCUCCCAGUGCCUAUGUUCUCCCGCCAAGAGUUCAGUAUUUGGAGUAUACUCAAGCAAUGCAUCGGAAAGGAACUGUCCAAGAUCACAAUGCCUGUGAUAUUCAACGAGCCAAUCAGCUUUAUCCAGCGAAUCUCCGAGUAUAUGGAGUAUAGCUACCUCCUGGAUGAGGCCAGUCGCCAGGCCGACCCCGUCAAGCGGAUGCAGUAUGUUGCAGCUUUUGCUGUGUCAGCAAUUUCUUCCAACUGGGAAAGAAUAGGAAAACCUUUCAACCCCUUGUUAGGAGAAACUUACGAGUUGGAACGACCUGACCUGGGCUACAAGUUGAUGGGGGAGCAAGUCAGUCACCACCCUCCCAUCAGUGCCAUCCAUGUCUCCUCCCCCAAAUAUUCCUUCCAUGGAUCCAUCAACCCCAAACUCAAGUUCUGGGGAAAGUCUGUUGAAAUCAACCCCAAGGGAACAAUCACGUUAGAAUUAAAAGAACACAACGAGAUGUAUACAUGGCAGAAUGUCAACUGUUGUGUGCACAACAUCAUUGUGGGCAAACUCUGGGUUGAACAUUAUGGGACAAUGGAAGUUGUUAACCACACCACAAAACACAAGGCUGUCCUCAACUUUAAACAGGGAGGCUGGUUCGGUAAAGAUCUCCAUAAAGUAGAAGGCUUUAUAUUUGAUUCCAGUAAGAGGAAAUGUAAAGCGAUGUACGGCAACUGGGUGCUGGGCAUGUACUCCUGUGAGGCAGAAACGUAUGAGUCCUUCAUCAAAAACACAUCCUCCAACUCAUCUCCCAGCCAUAAUGCAUAUCCAAAGGCAAAUGGUGCAUCGUCAUCAAAGGGUGCAGGUGAUGAUGUAGCAGACGACAUUCCAAGCAAAAACUUCCAGCCAUACGAUCUGGGUCUGCCUGGUCAGGUGACCUUGUGGAGAGCCAAUCCCAGGCCAGAGGACUCUCAUAAGUACUUCUGUUUCACUUCCUUCGCGAUGGGGUUGAACGAGCUGCUGGAGAGGAUGCUGGACCGACUCCCGCCCACAGACUCCCGACUCAGGCCAGACAUGAGGCUGAUGGAGGAUGGCAAUAUUGAUGCAGCAGCUCUGGAGAAGAAUCGCCUGGAGGAGAAGCAGAGAGCAGCCAGGAAGGACAGGAAGAAAACAAAGAAAGAAUGGACACCACGAUGGUUUGAAUACACAGUCAAUCCUGCAACAGGGAAGGAAGACUGGAUGUUCAAGGGAGACUACUGGCAAAGGAACUGGACAUCAUGUGCCGAUAUAUUCUGAUUGUUCGUCCCAAAUAGGACCUAGGUGUACAUAGAAGACUACCACUAGAAUAUGCAAUAGCUGUACAUAUAGACUACAGACCUGUAGAACACCAGCCUUGGGCGAUCAUCAUGAUGGAUGUACCUAGAAUGUGAUUGUCCUGUAUGUGUUAUCAUUACUGGCAAACUGUUGUCUCCGAUUGGAUGAUUUGUCUUCUUGUGAAUUUUGAUUGGAUGAUUUACAGGUGAUCAGUCAAUGUGGAUUGUGGUCUGAUUGGUUGAUUCUUUUUUUCACAGAAGAAUGUGAUUGGUUGUGUGAGAUGGUGAUUGGUUGUUUAAAUCUCCGCUGAUCUGUGAUUAGACGACUUUGAAGCCACUGAUUAGUGAUCAGGACACGUAAUGAAAUGGUACCCAUUAAGGUGCACAAGGCCGCAGCUAAAUGGUCGUACAAGCCAAAA